AUGAGGAUCACACAAUGCCUGCACAAUAGCAGGACGGCCCUGUAUAGGGUCUUCGUCUCGCCCUUUGAAAAGGUGGAAUCGAUUUCUCGACGAAGCGCUCUCCUAAGCCCAGUCUCUAGGACCCUACCAACAAUUCUGUCACCGCCGCUACAAGGUUUCUCACGCCACGCCGCCCUGAUUCCCCGAUUCAAAAAGAAGAAGCCAUCGCCAUCAGGACAAGUACCCGGCGGCGACGCUGCUGCCAAGCCAGGCCAGCUUCCCCAGGACAGGGCGAUCUCCGAUCGUGAAGUCAUGGUCGUCGACGAGAACAACAAGCUCACCGGCCCGCAUAACACCCGAACGUUCCUAAGGUCGCUCGACCCUGAGACGCAGUCCCUCCGAAUGGUCUCCAGACCGCCCCCGCGCCCCGCGCCAGGCCAGCCGCCGUUUGCAAUCUGCCGCAUCGUCGACAAGGUCGCCGAGAAGGAGAAGGAGAGGGCGCUGCAAAAGGCCAAGAAGGAUAACGCGCGCAGAUUAGCGAGGGUCAAGGAGCUUGAGCUCAACUGGGCCAUCGCGCCGCACGACAUGGGCCAUAAGAUGAAGCAGAUGAAGACGUUUCUGGAAAAGGGGUACAAGGUUGAAGUCAUUUUUGCGAAGAAGAAGAAUAGCAGAAUCGCUACACUGGAAGAAGCUGGCGCGCUUGUGCAGCAGGUCCGGGAUGCUGUGGCGGAGGUUGCGGGCGCCAGGGAGUACAAGGAAGCCGAGGGGCAACCGCGUAAGGUCAUGAGGCUGCACCUGGAAUCGAUAGCGAAGCCCGCAGUUAAGGCUACCCCUACACCAGAAGCCCCGGCUGUAGAGGCUGCGCCGGAAACAUCGACCUGA